AAUUUACUUCAGGCCGUUUAGUCUCCAAAAUGUGGCAAGGCAAUAUGGCCGCUGUUUGUUCAGCCCAGUGUCCAAUACCAAGCGUGGGAGCUGUCAACACCUUGGUUUCUCUGCUGGUGGAAGGAUUGCUCUCGGCCCAGUGUAAUAUUUCCAGCCCAGCUGAGUGGCCUGAGGAUUAUGGGGAGGUGGUUUUGCGAACGGGUCUCAAGGAAUCAUUUGAUUUUGUGGUCAUUGGUGCCGGGUCGGCUGGAUCGGUGAUGGCCAGUCGCUUAAGUGAGAAUCCCAAAUGGAGGGUGUUGGUCUUGGAGGCGGGUGGUGAUCCACCACCAGAAUCAGAGGUGCCCAAUACCUUCUCUGCCAUGCAGCACAGCCCGCACUCCUAUCGCUAUUUUACCGAACCGGAUAAUGGCCGAUCCUGUUUGGCUUUGGAAAAUGAACGAUGCCAUUGGCCAAGGGGUAAAACAAUAGGUGGCUCUGGGGCCAUGAAUGUCAUGUUAUUUGUUAGAGGCACUCGUCAGGAUUAUGACCUCUGGUGUGAGCACGGCAGUGAGGGAUGGUGCUACGAUGAUGUGUGGCCAUAUUAUGUGAAGGCCAUAACUCCGCAAGGCAAUGCCAGCCAUCCAAUGGGUUAUGUGACUCUUAAUCAUUUUGGACGUUUCACGGAGGAUAUAAAUUCGGUACUGCUGCAAGGAGCCCAGGAGCUAAAGCAGCCAUUGGUGGAAGAUUUUGUGGAGGGUAGUUAUGUGGGCUAUGCCUAUGUAAAGGGCACCGUGGAGAAUGGCCGGCGUUCCAGUACGGGUAAAAGUUAUUUGGCCAAGGUGGCUAAACGGCCGAAUCUCCGGGUUAUCAAACAUGCCCAGGUCAAAAAAUUGGAGUUCGACUCCCAGGGGCGCAAAGUCAAUUCCGUGGAAUUUGUGGUGCAAAAUAAGAGCUCCCUAAAGGUAAAUGUGGGGCGAGAGCUCAUUCUCUCCGCAGGGGCCAUAGAUUCCCCCAAACUACUUAUGCUAUCGGGAGUGGGUCCCAAGGACCACCUGGGAUCUUUGAAAAUUCCUGUUAUACAUGAUCUACCGGUGGGUAAAAAUUUACAGGAUCACAUGGUGGUUAUUAUGUUUUUCCGCAUACCAGCCCCGCCACCAAAUACCCUGGAUAGCCUCAAUGCAACCUAUGAUACUUAAGCGGGAACAAAGGACCCCUUAGCGGUGUGGGCACAGCCCAUGUUACAGGCUUUGUUAAGGUGAAUACCUCAGACCCUUCCCCCUAUCCAGAUGUGGAAAUCCAUCACUUCCUAACGCGUAGAGGUAACCGAAAUGG